AUGCGCGACACUGGAUUGGUUGUUGUGGUGGGGUCUGUUGGUGAUGGUUUCAUGCGCAAGUCGGACUCGAGCGACGACUUGAGCAGAGCGAGCAUGUCGACAAACGCAGACGAGAAGAUGGAAAUGGUAGAAAAAGAGUGCGAAGAGUGGAAGGCGAAGAGCAAGGAUUUGGAGGAGAAGUAUAGGGAGUUGCAGGGGCAGUUGCAAUGGGCGAAGAAGGAUUCGGAGGAGAAAGCCAGUGUGGCUAAAAGAAAGUACGAGUUACUAGAGAGGAGUCACGAGAUGUUAAAGAAGGAGACUACUGGGGACAAGGAUCUAAAGGAGAGGUGCUGCAUGUUGGAAGGAGAGAGUGAGGCUGUAGCAAGAAAGAACGAGGAGUUGGAGAAGAAAGUUGAGAAAUUGAAGGCAACACUUAAGUACUUGCUGUGA